GCAUUUUUAACCGGAAGUUAGUUGAGAACGUGCAAAGACACUUCCUGUUACCGUAGUAGUAGAUAGCGGGAAAUGCAAAAAUGGCAGAGUCCAAAAACAGAAGUUUUUGUUGUGUCCCGGGUUGUUCAUGUUGUAACCAAAAACAACCAUACCUCUCAUUUCACUCAUUUCCAUCUGACCAAGCAACAAGAAAUUUGUGGAUUCAUGCUGUAAGAAGAGAAGAAGGGCCGAAUUUCUCUGUGAGGAAAGGCAACACUUACGUCUGUAGCAGACACUUUGCCAAGGAGGAUUACUUCGGUGGAACAACCAUCAGUCGCCUUAAAAGUGGUGUUGUCCCAAGCCUGUUCCCUUGGAACAAUUUUACAGCACCACUCAAAAGGGAGUCUGUAUUUGAAAGGGUGAACAAACGUCAGCUGGUCCCCUCCCAGGCGGAUGACAACAGUGCAGCUUCUAAGGCUAUUAAAAUGGAUCACGAUUAUGUGACACACCCACCCGCAGGAGCACUGGAUGAGGCCCUGGGUUACAUUGAAGAUUUGGAAGCCAGACUGAAGAGAGUAGACCUGCCAUCUCCCACCCUCUUCAGCAGAUAUUGUGCAUCAGAUGACCAAAUCAGAUUCUACACUAAAUUUCCAUCUGAGGGUUUAUUUAGAAUCUUUUGGGAGUCUAUCGCACCAUCUGCCUCUCGACUGGUGUACUGGACCAAGGCAAAGAGGAUCGGGGAUGAAGCCUGUCCUGAACCCAGCCCACCUCGCAUCAUGCCAUUAAUUGAUGAGUUUUUGAUGUACUCUUUCCGGGUUGCUGUGGGCAUGAAAGAGCAGCUAAUUGCUGACAUGUUUAAUGUGAGCAUUGCCACUGUCAGCAGGGUUACCAUCACCUGGGCUAAUUAUCUUUUUAUCGUGUUGUCCUCAGUCAAAAUCUGGAUCAAAAGGGAAAAGGUCAAAUUAAGUAUGCCACCGAAAUUCCAGAAAUACUGUCCUAAUGUCAGGGUCAUUCUGGAUUGCACAGAAAUUGCUCUGGAGAACGCCUCAUCCUUGACCUUGCAGUCAGAAACCUUUUCCAACUACAAGAACAGAACAACACUGAAAGGCCUCAUCGGAGUAGCUCCCUGUGGUUUGAUUACAUUCAUCUCACCUCUUUACACUGGCUGCAUUUCAGACAAGGAGAUCACCAAAAUUUGUGGAAUCCUUCCCAUACUGGAGCCAGGGGACGAUGUUAUGGCAGAUAAGGGCUUUCUUAUUGAAGACCUCCUUGCUGAAGUUGGAGCAAAGCUGAUCAUUCCACCUUUUAAGCAUUCAGCACAAUUCAGCAAGGAAGAAACAGCACAAACCCAAGCCAUUGCCCGCCUCAGGAUUAUAGUGGAGAGGGCGAUAGCCAGAGUGAAGUCCUUCCACAUCUGGGACUCCCCUGUACCACUUACACUGAUUGGAAGCGUGAAUCAGAUGUGGCUCAACUGUUGUGUCCUGUCCAAUUAUCAGGGACCUUUUUGUCUUGAGGAAUAA